AUGCUCGAGGUGGACUCCUCUCCAGGGCCAGUAUGUUACCAGUUCCAGAAGCCUCUUCUCUUCCAGAACCGCCCCCACCCCACUCCAGUGGGAGCCGCGGACCCUUUCCCUGCUCCCAGGACCCAGCCGCUUUCGCAGCGACAGUCACUGCCUGCUCCCCUCGCGGCCUGCGAGGCUGUGUCCUUCCCACCGCAGCGUCGUGGACGGCUGGGCCCAAUACACCCCGGCGGAGCGACACGACCUGACUCGGAGGAGGCGUCCUUAAGAAGGCCACCCGAGCCGGGCUCGGGGGCUCAGCCGGCAGUCCCGCGCCUUUGGGAGGCUGAGAAGCACGAGUUCUCCGUGGACAUGACCUGCGAAGGCUGCGCUAAGGCGGUAUCUCGGGUCCUCGACAAACUGGGAGGAGUUAAGUUUGACAUCGACCUGCCCAACAAGAAGGUCUGCAUUGAAUCUGAGCACAGCAUGGACACCCUGCUGGAGACCCUGAAGAAAACAGGAAAGACCGUUUCCUACCUCGGCCUCGAGUAGCAAGUGCCUGGGCACCCCCGGCCAGCAGGAUGAACCCAGGCAGGCAGGUGGCCGAUCCUCUCCUGGCUUUCAGACCGACCUGGGACUUGGCAGUCCUGCGUGUGGCGAUGGCGUUCCUGCGAGACCCUCAUUUACCCUUCUUCCUAGCCUCUCCGCAAUAAAGUCCAGCUGCUCUUGGAGCCGUUGUCU